AUGGCCCAGAACGAUCGACAUAGUCUUACAUUAUUGAAAACUUUGAAAGCCAAGGUAAAUUUUGAGGUCACUAAGCAGCGACGCAAAUUUCUGCCCAAACUAUAUCGCUUGAUCAAGAAAUGGCGAGGCCAACUUCCGAAUCUCCUGGAAAUCUUUCGAGAGGAAGAGAUCAAGUGGCUUCUCGCGGAGGCCGUUAAAAAUAGUGACGAGUGGGAUCCGCUACUGCUCGCGAAUUUUGCGAUCGACUCCGGCUACAGGGACGAGCCCGACCUCGACGAAGACGGCAAGCCAAUUUUGCGUCGCACCACACUGAUACAUCACGCGGCUGAGGAGGCUCGCGGUAAAUCCGCGAUCUUGAAUCUUUUUACAUUGUACAACAGAUUUGAUGUGAAUUACAUCGACGACGAUGGGUACACACAUUUCCAUGUGGCCUGCAUAUACGGCUUGGACGACGUCGUCGCGAGAUUUCUCCAGCUCGGGCAGGAUCCCAACUGCGUCUGCCCAGUAACAGGCAGCUCGCCGCUUCAUUUGGCUCAGAAUAACAAUAAGAAGGAGGUGGUAAAAUUGCUGUUGAAAAAUGGCGCCAAUCUGAUUUUGGCCGAUAAGGAUGGAACGACACCUCUGCACUUGAUUUGCGAUAGAUUCAUCGAUGAGGAUUGGACGGAGGAGUUCUUUGAGAUAUGCAGUGACAGACUGCAAACGGUAGAGAUCGACGUCCGGAACAAGGAAGGUCAUACACCGUUAAGCCUGGCUCUGAUGAGCAACAGCAACAAGGCGGUAGAAACACUGCUGAGAAAUGGCGCCGACCCGAACUUGACCAACGAAGAGGGACAGACGCCUCUGCAUAUGAUCGGCGGAUGGACCAGAGAAGUUGCGGUGAAGACGUUUCUGGAUAUCAGUGACGCAGUGAAUCGUCCGGUGCAGGUCGAUGCACGCGACAACGAGGGUAACAGACCACUGCACGUGGCCGCGAAGCGCGGCAGCGACGAUGCGAUCGAGCUGCUGCUGAGACGAGGCGCCGAUCCUAACUUGGCCAACGAGGAGGGACAGACGCCUCUGCACCUCAUUUGCAAGAGAAUCAGCUGGGUUAACGCCUGCAACGACUUGACGAAGCUAUUCUUCGACGUCUGCGACGAAUUGAAUCAAACGGUGCAGAUCGAUGGGCGAGACAAGUUCGGCCUGACGCCGCUGCGAUGGGCGGUGGCGAGCGUCAAGCCGGCCGCGGUCGAUUCGCUGCUGGAUCGUGGCGCCGAUCUGUCCGGCUUCGUUUUCCCCGCGGUGAGUCACCUCGCCGAGGCGUGCAGCGACAUGCGGCCCGACAGUAACCAGCUCAAUUUCAAAUUGAAACUGGCCUCCGGCCUGCUGGACUGCGUCGAGCGUCUGCAAGAAAGAGGAUACGAGCUCGACCGCAGCGACGCCCGGACGAUCAUGGAAUUUUUCGCCGAGCGCGAAUUGUUCCAGAAGCCAGGCAGCACGCGUUGGUACUGCGAUCCGAAGUGCGUGGGAGAGGCACUGACGAAGACCAUGGUGAAAGAGGGUCUGUCGCUCCAGGACCUGAUCGAGGCGCGACCCCGAGAGGCGAAGAAACUGAUGACGUGCCGGGACUACUACAACUUCGCGUGCUCGCCGAUCGAUUGGCGGCUGUACCCUUGCAGCAGCACUCAAAAGGCUUGCGAAGUGGAACUGUACGAGAGAGCGUCGAGAGGAUUUUUCAAGUCGUGGGCGCUACAACCCUUCCUGGAGCUGAUGCAUUAUCGGCUGCCGAUUGAGAUGUGUGAAAUUAUAAUAGACCAGUUGAGUAACCAAGAUUUGUACAAUGUUUGCUUGGCGGUUACGCCGGGGUCAAAUUGA